AUGUUUCACACGUCUGCCGCCUACUCCGACAUGACGGCAGCGGUGAUGGCCACGGGGAACUCCGGCUCCUAUCAUCAAUCGGCGGCGGCAGCGGCAGCGGCGGCGGCCGCCAACACCCCCGUCUACGUCCCGUCCAGCCGUGCCCUGCCCCACUCCCAGUACGGCGCACAUUCGGCGAACUUUUCCACCCAGAAUGGCUGGCCAACGGACGGUUUCGGGUCGACGCACACGCAACUACCGCCGCAGUUCUACGCGCAAAACGUCAUGAUGGGCUCGUGGCGCGCCUACGACCCGACCGGAUUCCAGCGCACCUCGCCAUAUGACAGCGCCAUGGAAUUCCAAUUCGGCGAGGGAAGAGAAUGUGUGAAUUGUGGGGCCAUUUCAACACCGCUCUGGCGUCGGGACGGCACCGGUCACUAUCUCUGCAAUGCAUGCGGGCUCUAUCACAAGAUGAACGGUAUGAACCGUCCAUUGAUAAAGCCCAGCAAGAGACUGGUGAGUCAGACCGCCACCCGUCGGCUAGGACUGUGCUGCACGAACUGCGGGACGCGCACGACCACGCUCUGGCGGCGGAACAACGACGGCGAGCCGGUAUGCAACGCGUGCGGACUGUACUUCAAGCUGCACGGCGUCAAUCGACCGUUGGCGAUGCGGAAGGACGGCAUUCAGACGCGCAAACGGAAGCCGAAGAAGGCCGGCGGCGGUUCGGGAUCCUCGGCGGAUGUGAUGGCGUUGGUGGGUGGUGGUGGUGGCGCCGGCAAGAAGGACGACGGACUCGGUGGUGAGGGCCUUCUGCACACGGAUCGGAAUGGGAACUCGAAGAAUCUUUCCGGCAGUCCCAAGUCCCAGAACCUCACGUCCCCACCGAUUCGCUCGCUGCACAUCUCCCCGCACCAUGCACAAUCGUACAACCUGCCAACGUCGCUCGGUGGAGCACAUCACGGUGGCGGUGGAUCUCUUGGGUCACUCGUCGGCAAGUACGACCUCUCGAUGACACCGGGCAGUCUAUCCGGCGUGAUUCCUGCGUCUUCGGCCUCUUCCCACCAGCAGCACGCUGGUCUCAACUCGUCCCACAUCUACACCACGUCCCAGCACCAUCCAGCCAACAGCAACUCCUCGUCGGCCAACAACAACAACAACAACAACAACAACAGCUACGCCAACCACCCGAACGCCGGAACGAACUCCUCGGCCGGAGGGUCCACCGGCAACCUGGGUGGCCAGCUCGGCGCCAACACUCCCGGGGCACCUUUCGGGCAGAUCAAGUCCGAGUCGAACCCGCAGCUCGGUCCCUCGACGACACCGACCUCGUCCAUCGCGCCGUCCAGCAACGGCUACGGCGACUACAUGAACAACUGCCUGCAGAGUGGCUAUUUCGGAGGUGGCUUCGGGACACUGCACUCUCACCACAGUCCACACCACGUGUCGGCCGGUGGAGUCGGUGGUUCGGCGGUGAACGGAGCCAGCGCCCUGGCACACUCGCAUCACGCCCAUCCGCACCACCACCACCAUCACCAUCACCACCAUCCGACGGCGGCCGAUCUGGCCGGCUAUCACCAUCAGCACAACGUCAUACAGGCCGCCAAGCUGAUGGCGUCCUCCUAG